AUGCUUGAGAUGAAUGAAGAAGGAGAUGAAAUUUCAGAUCACAAACAAAAGUUUUGGAAAAUAAAAGAAGAGAAAUCCAUUAGAGAUCCUAUCUUUAAACUUUAUAGCAGGCUCUACUAUAAAAAGUAUUAUGAAGAUAACAACAUUGUAAGACAAAAAAUUGAGUUCAUUUUUCGUAAUACAGUUUGAUGUCUUCAAAUGAUAUCCUUAUUAUGAAUUCCAGACCUUUCAAUCAAAGAUUGAAGUGAAAAUAUGGCUAUAUGAGAGGCUAUAGGAUAUUUUAAGUUGGAUAACACAUGCUCAGAAUUAGGCCUAGUUAAUGAAUGCCUUUUAAUAUCAAUUUUGAGCACUUUUAUUGCCAGCUUAGCCAUUAUGAUUUUAGGGUUUCUGAUUUAUCGUUGCUACAAUUUGCCAGAUUUCAUUUUUGGAAUAGUAAAAUUCUGUUUCUAUUUAUGAACCUCAUUUCUAAUUAUACCUUCUAUGGAACUACUUACCAUUUUUCUGAAAUAUAAUUUUACAACGCAAGAGUACGUAACAGAAUACAAUAAUGAUCAUAACGAUAUUAAGAUUUAUGAGAUAAGUGCAGCUUAUCAAGUCCUAAUUGUUUUUACUAUGAUUAUUAAUUUACCUUUACUUCUUUUUCAUGAAGCCUUUUCAGGAGAGAUUAGACAUUUUAUUAGUAAUAAAAAUAUAAAUGCAAAGGCUCACUCGAAAAUUGACAGAAAUAUCGCAAUUUUCACAUAUUUUUUCCCAGUUAUUUAUGUAGUAUUUGCUCAAGAUUACAUAAUAUAUUUGCAGAUUUUAGUCUUAUUUAUUUCAGGACUCCUUGCGAUAGAAACUCGAAUGUACUUGCCUUAUUUCUCGUUAUACUCUAACUAUAUUGCGAUACUUCGGCUUUUUAUUAUCGCUUUUGUGUCAUUCUCUUUCAUUUUGGGAUACUUGGCAGAUAAUUCGUUAGCUAUUUCUUUUAUAGCAAUACUUUUAGGGCCACUUUUGGGCGCAUUUAUUAUUCGAUUUGUACCAAAUUUACUAAAUAAAGCAAAUAUCCCAGAUAACUUAACAGGAAUCAUUUCUCAGUACGAUUUGGAAAAAUCUUUUAGGUCUGCUUUGUGUAAAAAUGAUAUAGAGAACAAAGGCCAAAUAGUCUAUAUGUUUGAAGCUUUUUUUAUCGAAAACGUAUUGAAUAGAGGAAAACUUCAAAUCAUUUGAAUUACAAAUUACUGUUUUUAUACAUUAAAAGAUGAGUCUUUAGCGAAAAUUAAAUUAAGUAAGGCCAAGAGUGUUUUUGAUUGAGGCCUCGAGACUAACUAUCAAGAAUAUUUAUGCAGCCAGGACAUAUCAGCUUCUUGCGUGGGUGAAAAUACACAAUUUUCAAAUUAUUUUCAAAAACUAAAUGUGAUAAAAAAGGAAGAUAAAAAAAUGUGCCUGAAUUCAAUUAAAUUUUUAAAUGAAAUGGUUUCGCCUAGCCCUGACCUUAAAAAAUUAAAGAGACAUUUGACAGUGGUUUAUGACAAGAUCUUGCUACUAAAUAAAGAAUACAGCCAAUUAACAGCAAAAUAUCCUAACAUGAGAGAAUCUCUAUCUCUUUAUGCAUCUUAUACUAGAAAUAUAAUUUACGACGUUGAAAAAUCAACUCUGCUUGACUACAAAUUAAAAUCUCUUGACAAGUUUAUUGUUACUUCUAUAACUGACUCAAAAGAUUUUAGUUAUUUUAAUGUGAAUAAUGCGAUUUUAAUGUUUUCUACUGAAGAAGAAAACUUCGGUUAUUGUCUUUUUGGAAAUGAGAAAGCUGCAGAAAUUUUCAAACUUCCUUUAUCAGAAGUUAUUGGUAACAAUGUUUUAAAUUUUAUCCAUCCUCACUAUAGAGAUGAAGUAAAGAAGGUAGCUAGUUCAUAUAUUUGGUAUACUUCAAGUUCUGAAAUUAAUUUUGUUGAAGGAUUUUUUUGGCAUGCUCCGUCUGCUGGUUUACUGGAAUGUGUAGGGAAAAUAGUUAUAACUUCAAUGAAUACUUUAUUUGUUGGCUUAAUAGUUUUUAAGCUAAAACCAGUCAAUCAUCAAAUUGCAUGGCUUACAGAAAAUAGAGAAAUUUGCUGCUAUACAGAUAAUUUUCCUAAAACUAUGAAAAAAACACAUACUAAUUUGAUUGGAUGCACUAUAAGCAAUUUAUUUUCUGACUUAAGGGAAGAUUUACAACUAUUCACCCCUUAUAAUUUAUCAAACUUCGAGAAGGAAACUGCUAUUAUUAUGGGUUAUUACAACUUCUAUACAAUGAAAAUGCCUUAUGCAAUAUUGACAGAUGACAAUGAAGAAAUUAAAAAGUGGAAAAAUGAAGCUUUUGGAUAUCAAAGCUACCUUGAAAGUCCGCAAGACAACGAUUCAUUGUGCCUAAUAAGCUCUAUGGCAAAUACAUUCCUUAAUUGUGACAGCCAGCUGCCAGAAGAUAUUUACUUAUUUUCCCCUCUCCGUGAGCGAACAAAACUAUUGAAAAAAUCCCUAUUUUUUGCCCAAAAACCCACAUCCGUUCGUGAACAAAAUUUUUUUUAUGAAAUUUUUUUUGAAAAAAUAUUUUGAUAUAUACAAGUGAUAGUUAUUAUAAUGAAAUCUCUAACUAAUUCUGUUUAAUUUUAAACACAUAUAUAUACUUAUUUAGAGGCCGUAAGACCAUUUUAUGACGGAGCUAUAGCUCACCGCGCUAAGCCUUAAGGCUUUGAUUACCCACCGCUAGCGACCACAAUUUAUUUUAUCCCCACAUCUCACGCCCAUUGUCUUGGCUAGAACGCCCGUUUUCGAUGCGAUUACACCUAAUUAUCUUGGGUCUCCUCCGUCGGAGUCUGAUGAGCUGCGGACUUGCUUCCAUUUAAUUUUAAAAGCUUGCCUUUUAAAUCCAAAUUUUAAAAAUUAAAUUAAUAUUUGCUUCCCAAUUUUUGCAAAUUGGGAUUUUUUUAAAAUUUCCAAAAAAAAAUUUACUAUAAAAUUUAUAUAUAAAAUUAAAAAAAACUAACUCCCUCGUGAACGAACAAUAUUUUUUGUUCGCUCACGGAGGGGAGUUAGAUUCUAAAGCGAAUUUAUUUCAACCAAAUGCAAAUGAGGAGUGCUGGUCUGAUCCAAAUGAUAAGGAGUCAUUAGAAAAAGCAGAUGAUGAUAAAUCAAAUAAAUCAGAAUAUUCCUUUCAAAGCAGAUACACAGACACAAUAAGAAAAUCAUCAAGAUCAACUAAUGUUUUGCAUGUAGCUUUUGGUUUCACAGUAAAUAUUUAUUUAGUACUUAGUUAUCCUAAGUGUAAGUUCAGCAGUCUUAUUUUAUGCUUACUCCCCCCUCCAUGAGCGAAGAAAAGAAUUUGUUCGAUCACGGGGGUUAAAAAAUUUAUAUAUAAAUUUUAUUAUAAUUUUUUUUUCUCAAAAUUAAAAAAAUUCCAAUUUGCAAAAUUGGAAACAAAUAUUAAUUUAAUUUGCAAAAUUUAUGCUCUAAAAUGCAAGCCGUUAAAGUUAAACAGAAUUAGCUCGAGAUUUCAUUAUCAUAACUAUCAUUUAUAUAUCAAAUUUUUUUUUCAUAAAAAUUUAUAUUAAAAAAAUUUUUGUUUGCUCAGGGAGGGUGGAUUUUUGUGCAAAGAAUAGUGAUUUUUCUAAUGGUUUGGUUCGCUCAUAUAGGGGAGGAGUUAUUAUAAUAUUAAUUUAAUAAGCAAUAUUGACCUUUCGAUCGCUAUGGGAAAAGCUGGUGUAAACUUUCAAACAAUUGGUAUAAUUUCAAAAACACUUUGAUUUCUUUCGUAUUUUGGCAGCACUUAUUUGCCUGCUGAAUCAGCCUAUUGAAAAGAUUUAAACACUGUUUUAGCAGAAUUGGAAGAAGUUAGCUCAAACCUAACUUCAAAUUUUGAAAAUUGAAAUUUUUGCUCAAGUCGAAGCAUCUUAAGCGAUGAAAGUAUAGAAUUAUUAUACAAUGGUGACAAAAUUUAUAAAAAAAAGGCAAAUUUGUUAGGUGCGACUACAGAAUUUAUUAAAAAUGUAAUAUUCAUUUAGAUAAAUGGAUUCUCGAGAAAAUUAAACAAUUCAGAAAGUGUAUGAAAUGAGGUUACAUUUCUUUUAUUAAAUGGAUACGGGGAAGCAUUUCAGUACUGUAAUAGGUCAUUAUUUAAUAUUGUGGAAUGCCAAAAAUCAAUGGUUGACGAUUUCAAAUAUAAAAUUUAUUCUUUAUUAGCAAUGUGUCCUGCUGUACUGGUUAUAUGCAUUUGUUUACUGCUUCCAUUUUAUUAUUCUGUAGUAAAAAUUGAAAAUACUCUUUGAAAUACUUUAAGAUCUAGAUCUUAUGCUAAUUAUUCUGAAUUAAAGCAAAAUCUUAUAGAAAGACUAAAAAAUGUCCAUUCUGAGCCUGAAAUAAUGGCAUUUGAUCAAAAACUUUCUAAAGAUCCAAAGAUAUUCAAAAGUCUUUGAAAAUAUAUAUGGAGAGCAUGCUUAUUACUGAUAAUUGUAGUGAUUUUUUCUUUAAUAAAUAUUACUUAUCUCUAUGAUAAAUGUGCGGAUUAUUUGUACUAUAGGCCUAUGCUAAUAAGAGAGUUGAUAAAUCAGCAAAUGCUUUAUACAAGCUUGGAUAUAUGGUCAACAGAAUCUUCAUGAGACAGUACUGGAUAUUUAACUGCAUUUUUUUUCCCUACUAUGUACCCUUUUGGUAGAAGUGUAGUUAAGUUUGAAGAUGUCAUAUCAAAAAUUGGAAAUUCAGAUAAGUUGAUAAAAAGUGGAUAUUUUUCAUCUAUUUUAUCCAAAAAAUUUUGGGAAAUUUAUUAUGAAAAUAAUAAUGAUUAUAUUUCUGAAUUCUUCGCUUUUGGAGUAUACUCAUCUAAGAAAAUAUUGGAAUUUGAUGGCUAUCUUACAACAACUGCAACAGUCUCAAUGGAUCAAUGAUUAUAUAUGAUGUCAAUUUCAAGGGAGCUAAAUUCUUAUUACAAAAUCAUUGUUGACGAAAUAGACGAUUACUCAAAAGAACUGAUUGACGAUCAAAUUACUAUUAUAAUAGCAACUCUAGCUAUUUUUAUAUUUUGCUUAUUUGUGUUGUAUUUCGGAUUUUAUUUGACGUUUUUCAGGAGUGAAAAGCAAUAUUUGCUGAAGAUAGAUUCAAUCAUAAAAAUAUUGCCUCAGUAA